AUGUCAUCCUCACCGAUUCUUGGUCCCGAACGAAAAAACUCCUACGAUGAAGAACGUCUCGAGUGGGCGACGCCCUCGGUGCCAAAGAAGUACCUCCGCCUGCCGAGACUGCGCCGCUCGACUGUGAUCCUCCUCCUCAUCGAUUUCCUCAUCAUCGCUGUUCUCGUCCAUGCCUUUUACCCGCUCAUCACGCUGCUGCGUCGGAAUGAGGAGCUGUUCGGUGCGAGAUUAACGUUGCCCCUGAAUGAUACCUCGUUUGGCGAGGACGUCCCCGCGCAGAGGACGAUACCAAGGAUUUUCCACCAGACGAGCGCGAAUGAGACCAUCCCUGAGGCUUGGAAGGAUUUGGUCAAGAGUUGUAGGGAGACUUAUUCUGAGUUCGAGUACAAGCACUGGACCGACGCCAAGGCUCAUGAUUUUAUCUCGGAAGAGUAUCCUUGGUUCCUCGACACUUGGGACACUUUCCCCUUCAACAUUCAGCGCGCCGAUGCUAUUCGAUACUUUGUCCUUCAUCACUAUGGCGGUAUCUAUCUCGACAUGGACACGCUCUGCAACGCGACCAUCCCCCUGCACCAAAUCGAGGCCGACGGCACCAAGCACCACGCCGUCUUCAAAAGCACAACACCCACCGGUGUCUCGAACGACAUGAUGAUAACCUCUGCGCACCAUCCCGCCUUCACAAAAGCACUCUCCCGAAUCCAACUCUACAACGACAUAACCCGUCCCUGGGCGCACAUCCUCCCGCACGUCGCAGUAAUGGUCUCAGCCGGACCGCUCUUCCUAACCAUGGCGCUGAAGAAUUAUCUGCUUGAGCAGCCGUCGCUGCCUGAGACUACGAUACAGGUGAUCAAUGCGACCGAGCUUGAACCUUAUUUGACUGAUUACGAGGGCGCGUCGUGGCAUCAUGGCGAUACGAAGGCGAUAAUGUGGUUGGGCGAUCACUCGUGGGUCUGGUACGUGCUCACUGUGGUUGGGGUUGUCGGAGGCUUGUAUUUGAUCAACAUGCUUCUGAUGAAGUGUUGGGCGCGGUUCUUUGAGAAGGCUUCUAGCGAUGAGGCCAAGGAUGCUAUUAAACUCACGUAG